AUGGACUCGUACCUGAUCCAAGUGAAUGGUCACGGAGAUCAUGCCCCUAUGCUGGAUGUUCAUCUCAAGACCAAUGGGAACAGCAUAUCAAUGGGGAAAGUGAAGAGCCGGAAGCCAAGAUGGGCCGUCAGGGCUUCUGAAAUGUCCAAGAAGACUUUCAAUCCUGUCCGAGCCAUUGUAGACAGCAUGAAAGUGGAGCCCAACCCAAGGAAAGCUAUGAUCUCCUUGUCCUUAGGAGACCCGACGGUCUUUGGAAACCUUCCCACAAAUGAUGAGGUCACACGGGCCGUGAAGGAGGUUUUGGACUCAGGACGUUACAACGGUUAUGCUCCUUCUGUUGGCUACCAGUCCUGCCGGGAAGCAGUGGCCGCGUACUACAGCUGCCCAGAGGCACCGCUGGAGGCCCAGGACGUCAUCUUAACGAGCGGCUGCAGCCAGGCCAUCGAACUUGCCUUGGCAGUGCUGGCCAACCCAGGCCAGAACAUCCUGGUGCCACGACCUGGCUUCUCCCUCUACAAGACUCUGGCCUUGUCUAUGGGGAUUGAGGUCAAACUCUACAACCUCUUGCCAGAGAAGGGCUGGGAAAUCGAUUUGGAGCACUUGGAGUCUCUGGUGGAUGAGAAGACAGCUUGCCUCAUUGUGAACAACCCGUCAAACCCCUGUGGCUCUGUGUUCAGCAAGAGUCACCUCCAGAAGAUCCUGGCAGUGGCAUCAAGACAGUGCGUGCCCAUUCUUGCUGACGAGAUCUAUGGAGACAUGGUGUUUGCUGACUGCAAAUACGAACCCAUUGCAACUCUCAGCACCAACGUGCCGAUCUUGUCCUGUGGUGGCUUGGCAAAGCGGUGGCUAGUCCCUGGCUGGCGGAUGGGCUGGAUCCUAAUUCAUGACAGGAGAGACAUCUUUGGCAAUGAGAUCAGGGAUGGCCUCCUAAGGCUGAGUCAGAGGAUCCUAGGACCCUGUACGAUUGUCCAAGGAGCACUGGAGCGUAUCUUGCAGCGAACACCCCCUGAGUUCUACCACAACACCCUCAGCAUCCUCAAGUCCAAUGCUGACCUUUGUUAUGCUGCCUUAUCUGCUAUCCCAGGCCUCCAGCCUGUCCGGCCCGCCGGAGCCAUGUACCUCAUGGUUGAGAUCGAGAUGGAGCAUUUCCCUGAGUUUGAAAAUGAUGUGGAAUUCACUGAGCGACUCAUCUCGGAGCAGUCUGUGUUCUGCUUGCCAGCCACGUGCUUUGAGUACCCAAACUUCUUCCGCGUGGUGAUCACCGUGCCUGAGGAGAUGAUCUUGGAGGCGUGCAGUCGCAUUCAGGAGUUCUGUGAGAUGCACUACCAGGGUGCUGAGGGAGCCCAGGAUCUGGAGUGUGACAAGUAG